AUGUCCGAGGCUGGUAGUGUUUGUUUUACUUGCAUAAAAGAAUAUAGGGCGGAGUUGGUGUCUAUUAACGAGGUUGACACCGAUAAAGUUAGUUAUUUGGAAAAAUUAGUGGUUUUUGUUCCCAAUUUGAUACAAACAAGUAGUAUGCAAAUAUGCAAAAGUUGCAUAAAAAUGCUUAAAGUAUCGUACAACUUCCACAAAUUAAUACAAAAAUCGCAAGAAUCGUGGGGGUGUGAACAAAUAUUCAGCUCGUCGAUAGAAAACGAUAAAUUUGGCAACAACUUGGAUGAGUUUUUGAUUCCGAAAAGGGAGUUUGAAGAAAUUGAGGAAGAAUUUAUCGAGGAAGAAUUUAAAUCGUUCAAAAAAAGAGAGUGAUGAUCAAAAUAACUCAUUAGAUGCUGAGGAUGAAACAACAUUCGAUGAGGAGUUAAAAAUUACCGAUGAAUUGGAAAAAAAUAAGAGUAAAAAGGUUGUGAAACUUUCCAAUGGAGUUGUAUACUGUAUUAGUUGUAAUAAAAGGUUUUUUAGGAUUCAAAGUUACUACAAUCACCUGGUAAAAUCCCACGGCAUGGAAAUAAGCAAGGAAGAACGUAAAUUUAGUUGUCAGUAUUGCGAAAAAUCCUUCAAGAAAAUGUUUCACCUCUCAGAACACGAAACAACUCACACUGGUGAAAAAAAGCACUCGUGUCCCAUAUGCGAAAAAAAGUUUCAAAGGGCCUCAUCGAAAGCCAGGCACAUGAAAAAUUAUCACGUUGAAGGGGGGAAGACGAAAAAAACCCCUUAUUUGUGUACGAUAUGCGGAAAAAGUUUCCCGUAUUCGAAUGGGGCGCAAAGACACAUGAGGACUCAUACAGGUGAACGAAAAUUCCAUUGCGAACUUUGCGGUAAAAAAUUCGCCCAAUCGACUCAUCUGCACGUGCACAUGCGCGUACAUACAGGGGAGAAACCAUACGUUUGUGAUCAUUGCGGUGAAACGUUUUCCAUCAGGGCAUCUCUACUGAAACACAUAAAAAAUCACGAAAAAAAAAAUAAAACCGACAAAAACAUAAAAGAAAACGACGAAGAAGAAGUACAGAUAAAAAACAAUUACGAAGAAAAUAGCGAGGAAGAACUUGAAGCAAUGUCAAGUGAAUAUAUUUAUAAAUAAUAUCUUUA